AUGGCUUUCCUGGACAGCUUCGUCCAGAUCUUCGCAUUCGGUCGCGAUACCAGAGAUCUGAUGUUGCCCAAGUCCAUCCAGGCGAUCAGGAUCAGGCCUCAGGAAGUGCUGAGAGUGGCAGAAGAGAAUCGAGGUUUGCACCAGGUGAAAGUGUGCGCGGAACUCAAGACGAUCUCCUCACCAGGACUGGAAAUCGUGGACCUGAGGAUGAAAACCCUCAGGAAGAACCAGCCAACCGGAAAGCCUGUCUCGGAAUCCUUCAGGUUCAUUCCACAUCUUCCGGCGCCGCAGCUUUCGACCGCGAACGCAGCUCGCGUGUGCGUCCAGAGCUUCCUGGACAAUCACCGCUCGUCGAAGGUGAAGAUCGUGGAAGUGGAUUCGGUUGAGUCUUCCCACGAGAUUCUCCCGAACUUCCGUGAUGCCGUUGAAGACUUGCCCGGGAUUCGGGGAAUGCUGAUCUUGCUCUCGUCUAAGAAGGCAACGCUGGAUGGAAUCCACGUGGAAGCUGGAGAGCUGAAUACUCAAAAGAACUGCGACAUCGUCAUCAAGAAGCAGUUCUUCCGCAACGGGACAUUUCCGGAGGAGUCCCUGGAGAGUCUCGCCGACGGUGGAUAUUUGAUCUCGCGUGAGGAAAAGUCAAUCGAGCUGAAGAGCGUCGCAACAUCUGCAGACCUGAGCCUUAUCUUCUUCCUGCCCGUGGAGAAUGAGACUCUGGUCGUGUUCAAGCGGUCAUCGAGGAAGAUUCUUCCCAGCACGAGUGUCUUCGAGGCCUCGCAGUUUUCAGUCAGCGAAGAGUGGCUGAAGAACGUCAAGGAAGCCGCGAAACUCGGCUCAGUGACUCUGAUGUCGAGCAAGGACUCGAAUCCCGGCAUCUCAGGCCUGGCGAAUGUGGUGCGCAAGAAGAUUCCUGGGCAGAGCAUAAACUUCUUUUCCGUUGAGGACAAGAAGUUCAGCGAUGCGAGCUUCCAGAACCAGGUGAAGCUGACUCUGGCUUCGAACGUCUUCCGCAACGGCCAAUGGGGAAGUUUCCGCUGGCUGAGGCUGUCAGAUAGGGCGCCGCUCGAGGCCUACGCCGGGAAUUGCUUCGUGGAGUUCACUUCGCCGGAAAACGCCCUCGAGUGGAGAUCCGGAAGCGUCCUGGGGGCGGCGCAAGGAAAUCUCGUGAACGUCAUGUUCUGCGGCCUGAAUCUGCGCGACAAGGAGAUCGUGUCCGGUGAGCUUCCUCUGGAGGAGACCGGGUUGUCGCGCCGCCAUUGCGCGAUGGCGCUGGGAUCGGAGUUCGCGGGCGUGGAUCAGGAAGGCCGGCGUGUGAUGGGCGUCGUUCCCCACGGCGCUCUGUCCAGCCAGGCUCUGGCCGACGACGCGUUCACGUUCCCAGUGCCGGAGCACUGGACUCUGGAGGAGGCGGCCACUGUGCCGAUGGCCUAUCUCACGGUCUACUGGGCUCUCUUCUUCAAGGCCAAUAUCCUGGCGCCGCUCAAGCACGGCAGAAGGAUUCUGAUCCACUGCGGAGCUGAUGAGCUGGGAAUCGCGGCGAUCAGAGUGUCCUUGGCCUACGGACUGGACGUUUUCACGACCGUUGACUCGAUUGAAAAGAAGGACUUCCUUCUCAGCAUGUUCUCUGAACUGGAAGAGGACCAAAUUGGAAGUUCCUUUGAUUUCAGCUUCCAGGAAAUGAAUCAAGACCGUCCAGAUCAAGCUGAACCAAGAAAAUUUGAUUAUGUGUUUAAUAGACUGAAGGGCAGAAAUCUAACAAAUUCCGUUCAUUGUCUGGACACUGGUGGAAAAUUCCUGCAUGUGGGAAAAUGGGAUAUGAUUGAAAACAGUGAUUUUGGCAUGGGUAUUUUCCUGAAUGAUCUCGAAUUCCUAGCAGUUCAGAUUGAAGGUAUCUUUACAGAUGUAUACGAAAACAAGAUGGAUCUUGCGAAAUUGUUCCGCCAAGAUGUCGGAAAGGGCAUAAUUCAGCCGAUACCAGCAGCAGUGUUUGAUGCUAAUUGUGUCAAUGAUGCUUUCAGCUAUUACAAGAAUAUUAAUCAUGUUGGAAAAAUCCUUUUAAAGAUCAACGAUCCCAGCGACGAGGACACCGACAAGUCCACUCUUCCAAUUUCAAUUUCUCCUCGAUUUUCUGCCCAGCCAGAAAGUUCCUUCGUGAUCUUCGGUGGCCUGGAUGACUUCGGUUUGGAGUUUGUCGAUUGGCUGAUCGUCAGAGGGGCUCGAAAAGUCGUUCUGACGUCGCUCGGAAAAUCGCUCAGCGAUUAUCAACUGUACCGCAUGAGACUCUGGCAGAGUUACGGCGCUCAGGUCGUCCACAAGCUGGAGAGUCGCGGAUCCCGGUCGGAGUGCCUGGAACUGCUCGAUCUCGCCCGGAAACUGGGACCGAUUUCUGGCAUCUUCAGCGCCUCGCUGUGCAGCUCUUGGAACGGAGACGAGCUCUUCGAGGCCAGCGCAGCGGAAGUCAGUGUUUCUUCGGCGAAGAACUUCGAUGAGUUGUCCAGGAAGCUGUGUCCGAAUCUCGCCCAAUUUGUCGUCUUCUCGCGCAGAUGGCUGAACAGCGAGGAUGUGGAGCAAUGCCGAGCUGAACUGAGCAUCGCAAUGGCGGAGAAGAUCGUCCAGGAGAGAGCGGCUCAGGGAUUUCCGGGGAAAGUGAUUCACUUGGGAUCUCUUGAGGGCCAGAAGCCCGAGAAGGGAGUUCUGAGCCAGAAGAUCUUCUCUUGUCUGACCGAAGUUGAUAAGCUGAUGCUCAACAAUGAAAUCAUUGUGGCUCACAGAAUCCUGGAUAAAACCACGCCCAAGAAAUUCUGCGUCCUCAACACGAUCAAGGAAGCACUCAAGUUGAAGGAAAUUACUUCAUUAGAUGAAACAGUGGAGAGUUUAGCAUUCGAUCGCUCGGAUGUAUUGAGAUUGAAGAAGCAGAUGAGAAAUAAGUUUGACUUACAUUUCACUCUUCAGAAUCUCCAGAAUCUAACUUGCCGCCAGAUUCUGGCUAUGGUCAAGGAACGAGCACGAGAAAACGAAGGUAAAUUGAUCCUGACGAACGACAAGAAGCCGAAGGGACUGGAGAUGCUGUUGCAGUUCCUCAAAGACAGGAACUCGAGUGCGCAGCAGAAGAUCUGCAGAAUGCCGAGUCGCGACAGGACGGCGAAGUACAAUUCCUGCGUUGUCCUCAUUCCGGGCCUCGUGGAUAUCCUGGAUGUGGACUUGCGUGAGAUCAGCCUGAACAUCGCCUUGCCGGUGUUUUCCCUUCGCGUGACCGAAGACAUCGGGCUGUUGUCCGUCGCCGAUCUGGCCAGGAGUCUUUUGCCAGUCAUCAAGAGGGACGCUCUGAAGAUGUCGCAGAUGUUCUACCUGGUGGGCUACUCCUUCGGCGUCUUCCUCACGCUGGAGCUGGCCAGGUUGCUGGAGCAGGAGGGAAUGACUGGACAAGUGCUUCUGAUCGACGGCGCGCCGGAGUUCUUCAGGCUGCUGCUCGCGGAGCAGCUGGGCGAUAACUUCGCCGAGGAGGACGUCGAGGAGCUGAUCGUGGAGAACAUCCUGCGCGUCGUGUUCCCGGAGGAGAAUCCCCGGGAGGUGUGGGGCCAGCGCAAGGCGCGCAACUGGCGUGAGCGCGUGCAGCAGCUGGCGGAGGCGUGCAAGAAUCAGUUCGUGUACUCGGAGGAACACUUGAUGUACAUCGCGGAGCUCCUACGCGGCCGCCUGCGCGGCGUGCGUGCGGGCAACGCCGAGAUGGUCGAUCCUGUGGAGUCCCCGAUCACGCUAGUGAGGCCCACGGACGUGUCCGUGGCGGACAUCGAACGCGAUUACGGAAUGGCGCAGUGGACAAAAGGCAAAUUCCACCUGAGGUUCAUUGACGGCGAUCACGCGUCGAUGCUGAGGAACAGAAGUCUUGCGCGCAUCAUCAAUGAAUUCGACCCGAGGCUGAAGGACAACAGGGAGUUUGAGGAUUACAUUGGGUUUUAGGACUAUUUGCUGAUAACCGAUGAUUUUUUUUGGAAUAAAGGUUGUGUUUAUUUACCAUUCCCUAUCUUGUCGCA